AUGAAUAAAAAUAUAUAUACUUGUUAUACAGGUGGAACAAAAGCAAAAGCAUCAGCAUCAGCAGUCGGUUAUAACCAAUCAACAACAUCUAUACUACUACCACGAUUAGUAGUAAUAUUUGUAUUUUUCUUCUUGUUAUUUGGAGAACUGGGUAACAUCGGUAACCCUAACAACAACUAUAGUAACAAUAACCAUGUAUUAGUAGAGGCAUUUCAAAUUCAAUCAUCACAAAUCACAAAAAAGGAUGCCAAUGUAAUUGGUGUCGACGUGUCAUAUGCUUUGAUGGAUGUGACAUUGGAUAAGGAGUUGUACUUGUACAAACCUAUAGGUGCAUGCACUAAUCAGUCAACAUGUCCGGCCUUGAAUACACUCGACUGCUCGUGCGACUAUGCGUCGGUUGCGCAGUGUGGCUCGCCUGUCGUUAAUAACGGCUCGUGUCCAUCAUUCUCUUGUCCAACCACAUACACAGACUCGGCGACAGGCGCAACUCGGUCGUAUUGCCAGGGUGCAACUUGGACACCGGUCUCACUCAACACGCAAUACACGUUUGCAGUGUCUAUUGCCGUACCGCUUCAGUUGCGUCUAAAGAGUGACGCGCAGACAAUGGCACCUGGCACAUGUCACGGUAUAACUGUGAUGACAUCGCAGAUUGAUGGGUUCUACUGGAUAGAGAGUAGCACCGAUUUAAUGGACACUACACUACGCACAUAUAAAGAGGAUCCACAUGGUCAGUCAUCGUUUACUAUCUGCCCAAACGGUCCAGGAUACACACCCAACACCUAUUUCAUCACGAUCAGAGCAGUCACUUCGAUGGCCAAUUUCACAUUUAUCGCACAUACCGGUGACCCAAUCGGCAAGGUUAGCAGUUACAACAUGUCGUGUGGCAGCGGUAUAUUUUCAUGUAUCCCCGACGGUCUGGUCGUUACCAUUCCACAGAGCUCUACGUAUAACUUUGUGUUUAUAGCACUUCCACAACGCUCCUACACCAUCAUUGCACCACUUUACAACAACACCUUUGUGACCAUAUACGCAUAUGAAGAUUACUCAGCCACUUCUUCAAGAAAUCAAAGAUCAUCUGCUAAAUGGAUAUUAAAUAACAUUUAUGCAGAAUCUAUAACAUUUACAAUGAGUCAAUUUAAUGGUUCUCAAAAACUUAUUUAUUUGAUUGUGGAUACGACGGAAUCUCUAUCUGGUAGUAAUCCAAUCAUGGUUACAUCGUAUCCAAAGAAAUUAUUAAUGUCAGUGACGAGAGACUUUCCAGUGCUGGGAGGAAGUAUUGCGUUGUAUGGGACAUCGAGAUUGUAUCACCCUGUUACCAACAGUUAUACGCCGUCUAGUCAUUGGAGUGGACAGAAUGGAUACAGUCCUACCUUCCCUAGAGAUGUUAAUAAUCCGCUGUGGCCACUACCCUACAUAUUCUCGACCGAGUCGGUAGAUGAUUUCUUCCAAGAGAUCAAUUACAUAGACACUAGCAGUCCCAAAAACGCGACCUAUCAAGCAUCGUUUCUUUUGGGAUACAAGGGCAAAUACGAAAAGAACUAUAAUACAUGGGAUACAUUGUAUUCAUCGUCAUAUAUCGAGUUUAAUAAUGUGUUGGUGGAUAGUAGUGGUACGCCACUCGAAGGAUUGUCACGGUUCACAGUCGUUCAACCCAAUUGUGAUUAUGAAGCGUUGACCGAUUUAAUCAACACGAUCAAUAUGAUACAGAGUCAAUUGUACGACUCACAGUCCUUCCAAGUGGUUGCAUCGUUGCAGUUUGCUAUCGAUCUCAAGACCAUGUCAGACGUGUGGGUUGGAUGUUCCAACGAUGCACGACAGUUGGCGUUGAUCGAGACGACAAACAUCUCGCGUACAUCGACAGAGUGUCAGUACGAGUUUGGCACGGCCGACUGGUCAACAGACCCGUGCUGCAACAAGACAAAGGCAUUCUUCCAAUGUUGUGUGCCCAAGCCCGUCAGCUAUACAGUUGCCACUUUUAAAGAUGCCGACAAGGCCAAGGUAAAAGAGACGUGUGGGUCUCCAGACUGCACCGAAUCACUCUUGAAAGAUUAUUACUCGGCAUUGACCGAUAUUAAAGAAGGUGACUGUACAAUCGACAAUGACCAUCUCUUGUCGUACCGCAAGAAUAUAUCGGAUGCACUCGAUUUUUGCAAGCACGUCUACAUAGAAAAGUAUUGUGACAGGGAUGACACGAUUACAUGCACUUUACCAGGUGCCUCUUGCAACAUGUACACACGUCGAUGCCAAUCACCCGUUCCACAACUCGACCGUCUCUACGCCACGUGUAUUGUCGCGCAACUACCAACCAUGGCUACAUUCUACCUCAAGAAUACGCUUUCAUUGCCCGACAACCCCCAAUCACCCGAUUUUGUGGACGUCUUACUCGCCAAGACAUCGUCCAACGACUGCAACUACAGAGGACUGGCCCAUCGUGCCUACUACAAAUAUGAAAACAAGCCUGCUUCUGUUGAAGUUGCAAAAUGUUAUCCACAGCAAAAAUGCCAAGACACAUUGUGUAAUCCACAACAUGAUGUAUGUCUUGAUGGUUAUUUCCCAGACUAUACAUUUACACCCUACUCAAAUACACAAGCACAAUGUAAUAGCAUGGGGUUCUGUAAUUCAGACCCAAAAACUGAAUGCAAUAAUGCCACAUGCGCACAGACGUGUAACAGCGCCAGUGGGUUUUGUGGUGCAUGUGACUCGCAUGGAGAGUGUCACAAGGUGACAGAAAUCACAUCAGAGACUCUGUGCAACACGACCAAUGAACAGGCAUGUCUGCUCCCCAAUGGAACCUAUGUGUUGGGUUUGUCAGACUCUGACUGUGCCAAACAAGGCAAUUGCUCACACAACUGUGGCUAUGAAUGUUACUCUGAAGCCUAUUGUAUUCAACCGAGUUGGGGCCAAUCUCAAUGCACUUCGUUUUUGGGAACAUGGGAUAGUCGAGUAGGCGUUUGCAAGGUGGUUGCUGCCAAGAUAGCAUGUUUCGCCCCGUUAUAUUGGGUUGAUUGCACCAACUUUUCAGCAGACUCUUGUUAUAUCCAAUUUGGCACCAGUCCAUCCAUCAACAACCUAUGUUCAAUUCGAGAAAUCCCUUGCACUACCAAGGAAUCGUGCGAGAGUAAUGGAGGUAGUUGUUCAGACAGCUACUACUUUUCACAAGAGUCGACCAACAACAAAUUAUAUCUGCCUGGUUUGGGCAAGUGUGUAGACCCCACAGGUCACAAGGCAACCAACUCGACCGACUUGUCUCUGGUGCCGUCAUGUUAUGAUAGUAUCAACCCCCAGAAUGACUCGCCAAUGGGAUGUUAUCCACACGUACCCUCUAUAUUUUCGCGCGCUGCUUGCUUAAACUAUCCGGGUCUGGUACGGUCAUGGUGGGCGCCAGCAACAAGUAGAAAGUUUUGUGAGAUGCAAAUGGGAUGCCGUACAGUACAAGUGUACAAGGAUGCGAUUGGAUACCGAUUCAACCAAAUGACAGAGAGCGAGUGCACAGACUGCGCGGCGGGACCCAACAACAACGUAUGGACAAACAAGUUUACAUGGACACCUGGUCAUUGGUCGCCUGGUGUCUCUACACAACUCUCAUGGCAACAAUCAAAGUUUGUGCAGACUGGUAACUACUCCAAGGUGAUGGAUUUGCGUACGGUCGGUACACUCGUCUACUACUCGUAUCUCGGACGUAUAUCGGAUCUUUUGCGGUCGUCUUCAUUGUGUCGUAUGGAACGUAUUGAAGAGAACCUUAAAUCAAUCACAUGUGCGUGUAAUGAUGAGGGUCCGGGUGGCAGCGAAUGCUUUACAACAAGUAGUGUUGUAUUGGGUGAAACCAAACCUUGUUCAGAGGAAGAUUCAGUGUUUGAAUUUGCCUAUGGUGCACUGCAUUUUGACAAGACAUCCGUGCCAUAUUACUGUGCAUCAGUCAUUAUUUCAUCAGUGUCUCGUCAGAUUUACAAGUCGUCGGCAGUUGAGACACUGUCGUCCAACUUUGUAUCGUAUGCCAAGCCUGAUGGCUUCGCCGUGCGUAACCGUAACAACCAAGUCGUUGGUAUUGUCAUGUCGGACGGUAUCAAAGUCGUCACCAACGGUGUCACUUCAUUCCGUCUGUGCCUGGGUGGCGAUGUCAAGGAAAAUGACGACUACCCCAUCUAUGACUUUAGCAAGGUUGUCUCGACCUCGGAAAAUGAUACAGUCGGCUACCUCGUCCCCAUGGGCUUGCAAGCAGUGAUUGAGCGCGACCCCAAAACUGGAGCAAUGUGGGUGUGUGCACAAGUGGCGGAAAACAUCACCGCGUCAUCCACCUCUACCUACUUUGCCAUGGCACGUCAAAGUGACUGGGAGACAGCCGCAUACGCACCCUUUAGCAAAUCAACCACUGGACUCAUCUACACGUUAGCAGUCAUCUUUUUGCUCUGCGGGUUGUGGGGUAUGUUCCAACUCGGAUAUGUACUCUACAGUCAUUACUUUGGUGUACGUCACUACCCACUACGUCUGGUGCACAUGCUCACCUUUACCAUCACUUUGUUUAUUGUGAUUCGUUGCAUAUACUUUUUCAUCUUGCCAUCGGGUCGUCUCGAGUCUAGUUCAGUCGCCGACUAUAUCUUGGUUGUUUUACCCACCUUUAUCUACUUUUCAGCAUUCACUAUCAUUACAGUGCUCUGGUAUAUUGUCAUCUCUGCCAAGGUGCGUCACGACAAUAUUAUGCGUCGUAUUGGUACUAUCAUCGCCGUCAUCAACGCCAUCCUCUACCUCUUGUUCAUUGCCAUCGUACUCAUCUUCCAGUACUCGGCUGCCGACCCACCUAGCAACGAGUGUGGUGGUCGUAUGGUGGUGGCACUGUCCAAGACCACACCCCAACGUAUCGUCUCGAUUGUCUAUGCCGUCAUCCAGGCAUUCAUCUCACUCAUCAUUGGUGGUGCCUUUAUCUACCUCGGUGGCAACAUCUACCUCAUGGUCAAGCGAUCCACCUCGGGUUCAUCCGCCACACACAAGCGUAUCUACAUUGUAACGUUGUGCAGUAGUAUCGGAUUCGUCUUGCACUGUGGCUUCUUUUUAAUUCUGGUCAUUGCCGAGGUUCAAAACAUGAUAUUUAGUUUUGUUGGACUCAUCGUCACCGAAGUCGUACCCGCACUCUCCAUUCUCUAUGCCUACAACCAAAUUCAAAAACCAAAAGAACAAGUCACAUCGGUUGAUACCGGAGGUGGAGUUGGAAGUGGACAAGCCGGAGGUGGAAAAUUAAAAAAGAUGAGAUCCAAACAACGUUUGGAUAGUAGUACUAAUAAUUUAACUCUGUCCUCAGAGUUGUCUGAAGCAUCACAUACCGCAUCGCGUAGUCCACCUUCCGAAUAA